CAGUUCUUCUAAAGUUAUCGGAGUGGAUUCAAAGUUCACUUUUUUAAUUUAUUUUUUUACGUACUGUUCGCUUAUCAAUUUGUUUAAUUUUUAAAUCAUUUAUCUCAAUAUACUUUUAGCCCUUCCAUAACGUGUUCAGCGGUUAUAAAAAUGGCAUCAGUAGCAUCUAUAACUCGCUUAGUAUUAGGAAAGGGAGUUCUAAAUACAGGACGAAUUGCAUCCGCGAAUACCGGUUUCAUAAAGUUUUACAGCACCGCUCCACAGUAUGAAAACAUCAAAAUAGAUGUAGUGGGCAGCAAGAAGAAUGUAGGCCUCAUCCAGCUGAACCGGCCCAAGGCUUUGAAUGCACUGUGCAAUGCUCUGUUCAAGGAACUGGGACAAGCUGUGGAUGACUUUGAUGCUGACGAGAAGAUUGCUGCCAUUAUUAUCACAGGUAGUGAGAAGGCCUUUGCUGCCGGCGCCGACAUCAAGGAAAUGCAAGACAACAGCUACAGCUCCAACAACAGGCAGGGCUUCCUGAAAGACUGGGAAUCUGUCUCAAACUGUGGGAAACCUGUCAUUGCAGCAGUCAAUGGUUUUGCUUUGGGCGGCGGCUGCGAGCUAGCCAUGAUGUGCGACAUCAUCUACGCGGGCGAGAAGGCCAAGUUCGGCCAGCCGGAGAUCAAUAUCGGCACCAUCCCCGGCGCGGGCGGCACCCAGCGCCUGCCGCGUUAUGUGGGCAAGAGCAAGGCCAUGGAAAUUGUGCUCACCGGCAACUUCGUGGACGCCAAUGAAGCUGAGAGGAUGGGUCUAGUCAGCCGCGUGUUCCCCGUAGAGAAGCUUCUAGAAGAGACCAUCAAGCUGGCUGAGAGGAUCGGCACGCAUUCGCCGCUGAUCGUGAAGCUGGCCAAGCAGUCCGUCAACCAGGCGUACGAGACUACCCUCAAGUCUGGUCUGCAGUUUGAAAAGUCUUUGUUCUACGGCACUUUCGCUACUGAGGAUCGUAAAGAGGGAAUGACUGCAUUUAUUGAAAAGAGAGCACCUAACUUUAAGAACAACUAAAACUCGCCAUACAUUCUAAUGUAAUAAUGCCGUAAAUUUCUAAUACACACAACUAAAUAUAAAUUUACAAUGAAGAUAGUUUUAUAAAAUAUGAAAUGAUGUUGUAGAUGUUUAAGGGAAAAUGCAAUAUUUUUUUUUAUUGUAAAUCUUUUUUUUUUUUUGGUACUUGUUAUGAAACUUACAUUUUUAUAUUGUACUGUCUUAAAUAUACAAUAUUUUGUUAAA